AUGUUAAAAAAGAAAGGUUCAGAAUAAUUAGAUAUCAUAUUUGAAGCUGGAGAAGAUCUUUUAAACUUCUCAAAGAAUUAAGUCAUUAUGUUAAAGAAUAAUUCUAUUAAACUUCCUAUUAUUAGACCAAGAACAUUUUUAUCAUAUAGUCUUGAAUUUUGUGGGAUUACAAGUCUUAAUUAUAAGAUGUUGAGAUUUUAAUCAUUAGGAAGAGAUAUCAGAGUAUUAUAAUACUUUAUUACAAGCCUGAAACUAGUAUAAUGACCUCAUGUUUAGUAAAAGUAAUACAUACAACUGAAUUUUCAUAAAUGGCAUAAAAUCCCUUAAAAACAUCAUUCUAAGGGUUGUUUAUUUAGGGAAGUCAUAGUGAUAUUCUGCUUUAAAUUAAUGAAGAAAGUGUAUUUUAUUUGUUAAUUAAAAGCCAAUACCUUUACACAAAUGUAUUUUAGCUUGUAGAUCUCCAAAGUUUAAUGGAAUGUUUUCUUCAAAUAUGAUUGAAAGCAAUCAAACUUUAGUUAAGGUUGAACACAAGAAACCUGAUUUAUUUAAGGUCAUGUUAUAAUGGAUAUAUUGUGGGUAUUGGAAAGAAGUACUAUUAUUUUAUAAUUAGAUCAGUUCCCAGAAAAGAUUGAAGACACUUGUGAUUUAAUGUUACUUGCUGAUGAAUAUUUAAUCACAGAUCUUAAAUAGAAAUGUGAGGAAGAUAUAAUUUCUAAAUUAGAUAGCAGCAAUAUAUUAAAGAUAUUGUUAUUUGUAGAGAAACAUUCAAAUAUCAUAUCUUAACUUUUAUUGGAAAAAACUAAUUCUAUGUUUAUAGAUGAUUUUGAUAAGAUUCAUAAAUUAAAUCCAAAUUUAGAAUAAGAUAUAACAAGAGUGCCUGGUUUAAUGACAAAAUUAUUUUAAAAUUUACAUUAAAAAAAAAUAAGAAAAGGAAGAAAAGUGCAUUUUGUAGUUGAUGAUUUUGAAGAAUCAGAUUCUGAUGACUAUGUUAGAAAUUAUACACAACAUUUCUACUAAUGA